CCUUCUCACAGUCAACGUCAUCAUUGUUAUAAUUGUGAUAAGAAACACUUCCUGGAAUAAUGGACAGCCGCUCUGGACGCAGUGUUGCUUUUAUCUGACUCCGCUGCUACUGUACCGGCAAAAACAAAUAAAGUAAUACAUCGGGACAUUAACAAUACAUUUAAACCGACUCAGGAACCUGACAUGACAUUAAACAGUGGAGAACCCCGAAGUCCAGGCAAGAAGUUUGAGCGACAUCAACGAUGGACGGGAACAGGAGAAAGCCGCUGAGCAGGCCAUGUCAUCGGUUCGUGUUUUAGUUUGCGGAGGAAUAUAUAACAGAUGGAGGCUGCCGUGGAACAAUAAUCUGACUAUCAUGCACUUUUUUUCCAGAAGGCAGUGCUUGGCCUUCUUUUUCAUAGUGGUUUUUGCUUUCAUAUUUUUUGCGCUACAGAACAACAAGUUCAUUGAGCUCAGAAAGCAACAAGUUAGCCCCACAAGCAUAUUGACAGUUACCAAUGGCUCGAAAAUGCAACAGGGCGUGUGCACCUUUAAGCAACUGCCCCCUAAGGAGGCUGAAGAGGAACGCCUCAUACUGGAAUCCAUUGCUUGGCCGGAAAUCCCACCUUGGCCCACUCCUAUAUCCAUAGAGACCACCUGUGAUCCAGCUCAUAGCUCCUUUACCAUCUUACCAAGGAGAGGAGGAGGACAGUGGCAGAUAGGGGAUCAGCUGAGGGUCAUGAUCAAAAUGUCUGACUUCAAAGGCCGCCCCAAGACUUCGGGGGGAGCCUUCUUACUCGCACGGCUGAAAAACUCCAAGCUUCAAGCGGGCGUGGUUGGAAAAGUGGUGGAUCAUCUCAAUGGGAGCUACUCCGCUGUAUUCUCAUUGGUCUGGGAAGGAGAUGCAGUGGUUGAGGUAACAAUGGUUCAUUCUGCUGAGGCCAUCGCUGUGCUGCAGAGGCUGACCAGGGAGCAUCCUUACAGGACUGCUUUUAAGAGCAUCUUCCGUUCAGGAGCAGUUUCUGACACCACCAUGUGUGGGGUCUGCCUGCAGCCCACCCCCCUGCCGCUCUGCAACUUCACCGACCUUCGUACAGGCGAGCCUUGGUUCUGCUUCAAGCCAAAGAAACUGAGCUGUGAAACCAGGGUCCGUCACUUGAGGGUGGACAUUACAAAAACCCGCUUUCUCAAGCCCAAGGAGGAGGAGCUCUUUCGCAAGUCUGUCAACAUGAAAGUCUACAUUAAGGCUUCAGGACCUGCCUUUGUCAGCGUGGUUCCAAAAAAAGAAGAUCAACCAGAGGCGAAGAGCCUCAUCUUGAUACCCGGACCCAGCGGCCAUUACUACAAGGGUGUGUGGAAGGCACAAGGGAGCCCCACAGUUCGCCAGUUUGACGACCCUGCCAUCAGAGAGUGUCUGAAGGCCAAGAAACUCCACCUUUACGGAGACUCCACCAUCAGGCAGUGGUUCGAAUUCUUCAGCCAGAAAAUACCAGGUCAGUUCAACCUUCACGUGGAUGUGAAAGUUGGCCCCCUGAUGGCCGUGGACCAUGCGGACAACAUCCUGAUGACGUACCGCUGCCACGCCCCCCCUCUCAGCUUCACCACGGUCCCGGUCAGCGAGCUGCGCUACAUCGCCAACGAACUCGAUGGCUUGAUUGGAGGCGCAGACACUGUUGUGGUUAUUGGCGUCUGGGCACACUUCGGCUCGUUACCAAUAGAGCUUUACAUCCGGAGGCUGCUGAGCAUCCGCAGUGCGGUGCAGCGGCUGCUGGACCGCGCUCCGGACACCGUGGUCAUCAUGCGGAGCGGACACCCCAGAGAUAUGACCCUUUAUAUAUCGCAAUCAUACAGCGACUGGUACUCCAUGCAGAUUGAUCGUGUGCUCAGAUCCGUGUUCAAAGGAGUGAAUGUUCACUGGGUCGAUGCCUGGGAGAUGGUUGUUGCCAAUGACUUGGGUCACAACAUCCACCCGCUAACUCCCAUUAUUAAGAAUAUGAUGGACGUUCUGUUGACCCACGUAUGCCCCAUAAAGGGUUGAUCGAUUUCUGUUCAUUUAUACAAAUUAGGAAAAUUAGGACUACUCUAAUUCAAUCAGUGGGUUAAACACAUGAAACCUCAGUAAUAAUCUGAUACAUUUCAUUUAUAUAGCACACUUUAAAAACAACGUCAUCUCAAGGUGCUUCACAAUGCUAUAAGGAGAAAUUAAUAAAACAAAUACGAUCAAAAGUUAUAGUAAUAAAAAUGUUUAAAUCAUCAAUGAAUAAACGUCUGUCACUUUUAAUAUUCUCCCAACAUCACAUCCAUUUAAAUGUUUCGGGCUAACCUUGCAAAAUUGCCAAGUGGGAACAUGUCACAUGACUAUGAGCUCAUAGGAUAUUUAUUGAACUGGUGAAUACUUCAUUUGUAAGUAAGACAUGGAUAUAUAUAUUUAUGACGAUAUACCUCGUCGGUUUGAAUGCUUCUCAUGUUGGUCGCAUUCACACCAGCCUUGUAUAGUCCGGUUGAAUCGAACCCUGGUGCGUUUAGCCGCUUGGUGCGGUUCGUUUGGGUUGGUGUGCAGUGGCGGAGCUGGGGGGUGGCUGGGGGUGGCCAUGGCCACCCCCAGCUUAAUCCUGGCCACCCUAUUGGCCACCCCAAACACCCUCACCACAGGGGCCCAAACAAUUUUAGAACAUUAAGAAAAAAAUGUUUAAGUAACCUUUCAUCAAUCAUCAAUAAUUAACAUUAAUAUAACGUUAUAUUGAUAAUGUACUCACUAAACUUACAAUUAAUUUAACUAAUUUUCUUCCAAAAGUGAAUUAUCCAAAGCCUCUGUACACCCCCUUCUAUUUACAUGUAAUGGUUUGGUCCCGCCUCCGCCUCCAAACGGCACUUUCUAGCAGAGAGUGAGAGCAUGUGAGCAGGGAUGCUAGUACUUACGUGUGUACGAUGUCUCAAUGACUCACAAAGUCAGGCUUUCAAAAAGCAAAGAAAGGAGAGAAAGAAAAGAGAGAUGGACUAAAGGGCGACAGUAUGUCACCCAGUUUUUCAAGAGAAAAGGUGGGUGUGGUCCAUGAGUGGUGGAAAUGAGUCUGUUAGCUAAGCGUAGUCCAUUGUAAAUAAUACUUUUUAUG